UUCAUCUUUCUCACAAUGCUAAAAUGGUUCCCAAUUUCGCUUUACCAUCAUCACCAUGAGCAGCAGAGUCUCUUAGUUAAUCCUAAACCGCGAACUCACAAUCCUUGAUCGAGUUUGUUAGUUCGUUCCUUAGUUAGUUAUUGUUCAAUCAAUCAAUUAGUUAGUUAGUUAGUUAGUUGUAGGGUUUUUACUUCCUUCAGCAGCUGCUCAUGGCAAAACGAAACGGCUUCGUUGUGAUCUCUUCCGACGAUGAAGGAGGAUCCGAGAAUCGCUCUUUGAAAGGGAGUAGAACCAGAAGCAGCAGCAGAAACUGUAAGAGGCCGAAGUCGAGUUCGAGUUCAACAAGCUCACGUGGAAAGAAGAGGGCUAGAGAUUCUGCUUCUCGUUCUCGCCUCUCUAAGCUCCAUGAGAUCAGCUUAUUUGAAGAUGACUUCAAUGAUGUGUUCACAGGGUCAAAGGUAUCUGCUGGUACUAGGAGGAGCAUUGGAGAGGAGCUGUGGGUUGAUAAAUACAAGCCCCUCUCUGUGGAAGAACUUGCUGUUCACAAGAAAAAGGUUGAUGAGGUUAAGAUGUGGUUUGAUGAAAGGGUGAAUCCUUCAAAGGAUGUCAUCGGAAGUAAUGUUCUUGUCAUCACUGGACAGGCGGGAGUUGGAAAAUCCGCUACUAUUCAUGUAAUUGCAUCUCACCUGGGCGCAGUAGUAUGUGGAUGGGACACACCUACACCUGUACUUUGGCAAGAGCAUCUUUACAAUUCUGGCGCAGGAGUAAAAUACACAUCCAAGUUGGAAGAAUUUGAAACUUUUGUUGAGAGAAUACGGAAAUAUGGAGUAAUGUCAGCUUCCCUUACAAGCGAGUCAAAGCCAUCUGUCAUACUUUUAAUAGAUGACCUUCCCUUGACAAAUGGGAAAGCUGCUUUCGGAAGGCUUAAAGAUUGCUUGCACCUUUUAGUGCGCUCAGCUCAGGUACCCACAGCAAUAUUGUUCACCGACUAUGGCAUUACUGAUUCAGCAGAUCCCAAUGCACGAAACCUGCAUGAACUUCAGCUAUCUCUAGAGAGUUCUGGGGCUUGUAAGGUGGCAUUCAAUCCAAUCACUACUAAUUCUAUUAAGAAGGUUCUCUUUAGAAUAUGCCAAAUGGAGCAGUGUGAUAUUCCUGCUGACCAUGUUGAUCUAAUAGCAAAAGCCAGUGAAGGUGACAUCAGACAUGCAAUUACUUCGUUACAGUUUUUCUGUCUGAAACCAAAUCAAGUCCCUUCCUUUUCUCAAUCUGCUGAUGCUCUUGGUCCAUUACAAGAUCACAGUAAUACAUCUGAAGGAUUAGAGGAUGGAUAUUCAUUGAAUUUUGGCAGAGAUGAGACACUUAAUUUAUUUCAUGCCUUGGGGAAGUUUCUACACAAUAAGAGGGAGGCUGGUGCUGCAGUAAACUAUGACCAACAUGGCUUUCAUAUACAAGAAAGAUUUUCAAGAUUACCUUUAAAAAUGGAUGUCCCAGAGAAGAUUCUUUCUCAAGCCCAUGUACAGCCGGGACAGGUUGCUGAUUUUCUGCAUGAAAAUGUUCUGGAGUUUCUGGAUGCUGAAGCAAUAGAUGAUGCAUGUACCGUGUCUACAUAUCUAGGUGAUGCAGACAUCCUUCUUUCUAAACUUCGGGGAGCGCUAUCUAGUUAUAAUGAAGCAGAGAGCAUGCUGCAGUCAGCUGCUGCAUCAAUUGCUGUGCGCGGGGUUCUGUUUGGAAAUUCUCAUGUAGUAUCAUCUAGGUGGCACGCAAUUCGUAGACCAAAUCUCUGGAAGGUUGAGAAAUCAUCACUUUACAACAAGGAUGAGUUGUUUAGGUUGAGAGACUCUGAUUGGAAAUUGAGUUCUUAUAAUACAUCUGUUAUGGCCAUGGAGUACAUGCCUAUGCAAAAACUGCUUGGAGAUAGGGCAUGUUAUCAGGAUUCAGUGCAGGACUUGGAUAUGGAAGAUGCUGAUUUUGACAAAAUGAAUUUAGAUGCCCAAGAAGAUGAUGAUGAUGACAUAGAAGAUUGGUAGAGAUUCUACUAUGGGGAAUGAUAAGUUUUGUGAGUAGUUUUUGUUAUCACUGAUGUAACAACAUACGUGUCAAGGUGGUAAAGUGUUAGUCCAAUUUCCUUGAUUAAAUUUUCGGUCUGGGAAAAAAGAGUGAUCCCAUUGUAAAUAUCAACUUUUAUUUUAUCAGUGUUUUUAUUAUAUCCAAG